AUGCAGGCAUGCAUUUGCCUUGAAGGCAAGCUUAAGAACCACAGAGAGAAAAGGUUGGUAGAUACACCAACAUCACGAAGGUUGGCCUGGCUCGAAAAUGGAAUCAAAGAUUUGCUAGAGAGGCAAAUGCAGGAGCAGAUAAUGGAAGAUAUUGCAAUAAUAGGAGGAUUGAUAGGAGUCCAAUUUGUCUACGCAGGGAACGCUGUGUUGAUGGGUUAUUCUAUGUCAUUGGGCUUCAGCUCUCUUACCAUUAUCGUUUUCACUUCCCUGGCUACGUUCCUUAUUCUCUUCCCCAUUGCCUUUUGUUUUGAAAGGAGUAAGUGGCCCAAGAAUUGUAGUCUCAAGUUGAUUAUGCAAAUAUCCUUUCUUUCGUUUGGAGGACUAGCCUUUCAGUAUACAUUCCUAAAAGGAAUCAAUCUAACUUCGCCAGCAAUGGGAACUGCAAUGCCAAACCUUGCCCCAGGUUUUAUCUUCAUCAUCGCAUGGACUUUUGGGUUAGAGAAAGUCAACUUACGCAAUAAGGUUAGUAAAGUAAAAAUUUUGGGAACAUUGCUGUGUGUCUUGGGCGCUCUCACAAUGAGCGUGAUGCAAAGCCUUUCUGCUCCUGCAACCAAGAAAGAUGCCACAGUUCAAUUAUCAAGGACACCGUCAGGUUUUACCUUUGACAUACACAAAAUAAUGGGUUGCGUCUAUCUCAUGGUCUCAGUGUUGAUUUUGUCAAGCAGCGUUGUCAUGCAGGCUUUUGCUCUUGGAAAUUUUCCUGCACCCAUGUCCUUGGGUGCAAUAACGUCCUUGUUUGGGGCGCUCAUCACUGCAUUUGUUCAGUUACUUGGAGAUCGCGAACCAAAACUUGGUUCGGCAUUGCUCAGUUAUGGAAACCUGAUUUGCUGUUCCGUGCUGGCAGGUGCAGUGAGUGGAAUGUGCCUGAGCUUCAACGGGUGGGCACUUAAGAAGAGAGGGCCAGUGUUUGUCUCCAUGUUUAACCCCAUUGGUACAGUCUGCUCUGUUAUUUUCUCGGUAGUUACAACAGGAGACACUAUUAAUAUUGGAAGCCUUGUAGGUAUGUUACUCAUGUUCACGGGACUCUACUCAGUUCUUUGGGCCAAAGGAAAAGAAGGGCACGCGGAUGGAGAUGGCUUAGAGAGUGAGUUUGAUGCAGAAAGGCCUCUCUUAUGUUAA